UCGCACUGACAUGUUUACCGCAAACUUCAAAGUUGACAAUGUAAUAAUGGCAAAUUGUAUAUAGUUUGAACAGUUAUUCUUAAUUAUUUUAGUUUGUUCAGUCUUUUUAGCCGCUGAUUUUGUCUAUUAAUGCAGUUAAAGGUCUCCGUUUUCACUACAUAAUGUCGCAGGAACAUCUGGCCUUCAGUUCGAGCAGAAACUCCAUAAACAGCAACCAGUCUGAUGAUGAUGAUGAUAUGGACUCUAGACACUCAUCAUUGAGCUACAAGGAGCGAAGACGAGAGGCUCACACUCAAGCUGAACAGAAACGACGGGAUGCAAUUAAACGGGGCUACGACACUUUGCAGGAAUUGGUCCCCACUUGCCAGCAGACUGACGUUUCAGGGUAUAAACUCAGCAAGGCCACAGUUCUGCAGAAAUCCAUUGAUUAUAUUCAGUACUUACAACAGCAGAAACGGAAGCAGGAGGACGACCGCAAUGCCUUGCGUAAGGAGGUGAUUGCAUUGAGAAUAAUGCAGACCAACUAUGAGCUGAUUGUAAAGGCUCAGCAGUCUCAGCCUGGGCACACAGAGACUCCUGUUUCGGAUGAAAUCAAGUUCUCCGUGUUUCAAACCAUCAUGGAUCAGCUAUUCCUCACAUUUAGUGCAAUAUCAGUUAGCAAUUUUUCCGAGCUAUCAGCCGGCGUGUUUAGCUGGUUGGAGGAGUACUGUAAGCCGCAAACAUUGAAAGAAACCGUCUACCAAGUGUUGAGACGGCACAGCAGCCAAAUUCGUGGAUGAUUUUCUCGCAAAAGUUGCUGUACUAGUUUAGUUCUCAAUCUCAGCCAUAAGAAGCCUCAGGAAGGAAAUUGCAAACUUUUCAUUAAUUUUUAUUUCCUUGACACUUUUUUGGGUUUGUCUUUCCGAAUACUGGAUGAAGCGAUAAAUUUAGCAUCACUUGAUUAUGGUUUUUUUUUAUUAAACUUUCCAGCUUUUCAAUUGUUCGAUCUUUGGGUUUCUCAACGGUUUUUUUUCAAGUGCUUGCCGGUUUCAUACAGGGUGUUUCGAACUUUGUAGCAGGUUAUACAGUUUGUCCUAGGCGAACGUUUUGGCAAUAUUUCAGCCAUCGCUAGGACUGCCCAAGAGAAUAAAAUAAAGCAAAAAACAAAUGUAAGCUGAAAGUGUGAAAAUUAAAAAAUAAGGGUGUAAUAAUAAUAAUAAUUUCAACUGUUUUUAUUUAAGUGAAUGUUAUAUUGUGAUCUAAACGGGGCUUAUUUGACUUAAUUGACAAGAUUAUGAUAAUAAAAAGUUUAUUUUUUGUUU